GAAAGAAAGAAGAGGUGGAGGACAACGCUGAUGCCAUCAUGGAAGGGGCUCUCAUAGCCCGGGACAGGGUCGGGGUGCAGGACUUCGUGCUGCUGGACUCCCACACCAGCGAGACGGCUUUUCUGAACAACCUCCGCAAGCGCUACCAGGAGAACCUCAUCUAUACAUACAUUGGCACCCUUCUUGUGUCCGUCAACCCUUACAAAGAGCUGGAUAUCUACACGAUGACCCAGAUGCAGCUUUAUCGGGGGGUAAACUUUUUUGAACUGCCACCACAUCUCUAUGCCAUAGCCGACAACGCGUACCGGGUGAUGUGCAGCGAGUACAACAACCACUUCAUCCUCAUCUCCGGCGAGAGCGGGGCUGGGAAAACAGAAGCUUCCAAGAAGAUCCUGCAGUAUUACGCAGUGACCUGCCCAACAACAGAGCAGCUGCAGAUAGUGCGUGAUCGCCUGCUGCUUUCCAAUCCUGUUCUGGAGGCUUUUGGAAAUGCAAAAACUCUGCGUAAUGACAACUCAAGCAGAUUUGGGAAAUACAUGGAUAUCCAAUUUGAUUUUAAGGGAGCUCCAGUGGGAGGACACAUCCUCAGUUACCUCAUUGAGAAAUCCCGAGUUGUCCAUCAAAACCAUGGAGAAAGGAAUUUCCAUAUUUUCUACCAGUUACUGGAGGGUGGAGACAAGGAUCUUCUCUGCUGGCUUGGGCUGGAACGCAACCCCCAGAAGUACUCGUAUCUCAUACAGGGUAAAUGUGCCAAAGUGUUUGCUAUUAAUGACAAGAAUGACUGGAAAAUAGUCCGCAAAGCUUUUUCUAUCAUUGACUUCAGUGAGAAAGAUCUAGAGCAUCUCUUUGGAAUUGUUGCCAGCGUCCUGCACUUUGGGAACAUUCAGUUUGAAGAAGAUAGCAAUGGACAUGCCAUCAUUCGCAAUGGCACUCAGAUCAAGUGGAUCUCAAAGCUGCUGGGGGUGCACUUGUCGAUUCUGCAGGAAGCUCUCACCCAUCGGAAGAUUGAAGCCAGAUCCGAGGAGGUCCUCAGCCCGUUGAACGUGGACCUGGCGUUCUACGCUCGGGAUGCAGUAGCAAAGGCGAUUUACGGGCGGACUUUCACUUGGCUUGUCAACAAAAUUAAUGGCUCUCUAGCCAACAAGGAUUCAACCCGGAAAACUGUUAUUGGGCUCUUGGAUAUCUAUGGGUUUGAGGUACUGGACACAAACAGCUUUGAGCAGUUCUGCAUUAAUUACUGCAACGAGAAGCUUCAGCAGCUGUUGAUCGAGAUGACCUUGAAAGCAGAGCAGGAGGAAUAUGAGCUGGAAGGAAUAGCGUGGGAACCAAUUCCAUAUUUUAACAACAAGAUCAUCUGUGACUUGGUCGAGCAGAAAUACAAAGGAAUCAUCUCCAUUCUGGAUGAAGAAUGUUUACGGCCUGGUGAAGCCACUGAUUUGAGCUUCUUGGAAAAGUUGGAGGAGAAAGUAGGAGAUCAUGCCCACUUCGUGACUCGCAAACUUGCAGACCAGAAAACGCGGAAAUCGAUAGACUGGGUGGAUUUCCGCCUCCUUCACUACGCCGGAGAAGUCACUUACUGCGCCGUGGGAUUUCUUGACAAGAAUAAUGAUCUCCUAUACAGAAACCUGAAAGAGGUGCUGUGCAACUCUAAAAAUGCCAUCAUUAGAGACUGCUUCUUACUGUCAGAACUAGACAACAGGAGGAGGCCAGAAACUGUUGCAACCCAGUUCAAAAACAGCCUUACGAGUCUAAUAGAAAUACUGAUGUCCAAGGAGCCAUCUUACGUUCGAUGCAUUAAACCUAACGACAACAAGGAGCCUGGGAAGUUUGACGACCACCUCAUCCGGCACCAGGUCAAGUACCUGGGGCUGAUGGAGCACCUGCGGGUGCGGCGCGCCGGCUUCGCGUACCGGAGGAAGUACGAGCUCUUCCUGCAGAGGUACAAGUCCCUGUGUCCAGCUACGUGGCCACACUGGCGUGGGCCGGCAGCGGAGGGAGUGGAGCGGCUCAUAAAGCACCUCGGGUACAAGCCCGAGGAGUACAAGCUGGGAAGAACCAAAAUAUUCAUUCGAUUCCCAAAGACUCUGUUUGCCACCGAAGACGCAUUUGAAUUCAGAAAACACCUGCUAGUUUCAAGACUACAGGCCAAAUAUAAAGGAUGCCUUGGGAAGCGGGAGUACAAGAAGAAGAAGGCUGCAGCUAUCAAGCUGGAGGCUUGCUGGCGAGGGGCUCUGGCGCGGAAGGAGGCCAAGAAGAGGACGUGGGCCGUGCAGACCGUCCGAAAAUUCAUAAAUGGCUUCAUCAAUCGAAAGAAACCUCUUUGCCCAGAGAACGUGGAAUUUGUGCGGCUCGUGCAAUAUACCUACUUAAUGAAGCUCAGAGACCACAUUCCAAAAAAUGUCCUGGACAAGAGCUGGCUCCAGCCUCCCUCCAUCCUGGAGGAGACAUCUGAGAUGUUACAGAAAAUCUGCAUUAGGAACCUAGUAAGGAAAUACUGCCGAGGAGUCACUGCUGAGAGGAAAGCGCAGUUGCAGCAAAAAGUGGUAGCCAGUGCCAUCUUCCGAGGGAAGAAGGAGGGCUACGUGCAGAGCAUAACGCAGCCUUUCCUGGACACCCGCCUGAAGGAGAACGACCUGAACCCCAAGGUGCUGCAGCUAAUCCACGGGGAGAAGGUCAAGUAUGUGGUCCCUGUGGUCAAGUACGACAGGAAUGGCUUCAAGGCGCGAGAGCGGCUCCUUGUUCUCACCCAGGCAGCAGCGUAUGUGGUGGAAAUGGCCAAGAUCAAGCAAAAAAUAGAAUACGCCACCUUGAAAGGCAUUUCUACCAGUAACCUGAGCGAUGGGAUCGUAGUCAUUCAUGUUCCUGAGGACAACAAGCAGAAGGGAGACGUGAUACUUCAGUGCGAGCAUGUCUUUGAGACGGUCACGAAGCUCUGCAUGUUGGCCAACAAGCAAAAUCUUGUUAAAGUUGUGCAGGGAAGGUAAGAAACGGCGCCGGGUGGGUAA